AUGGAUCGCUCCUUUUCUUUCUGUUUUCACCCUCGAUCGUCACACACACUCACCGAAGAUCACAAUGCUCUUCCCCUUCUAAUCGAUUCUCGAUCACAACCCCCUUCCAUUAUUUUCUUUGAUUUGAUUUUAGCUCUUCAAGGAAUUGACCCCCUCCUUCCUUCUUCUCUGUUCAAAAUCACACAAACUACAUCUCUUUCUCUCUCCGAGUUGCAUGUGAUUGCUUAUGGUGGCUGGCUGGUGGUUUUUGUGGGUUAUAGGAUUAUCUCCUGGGUCGACGGCCAAGAGGCUGCGAAGGGACGGAGGUCUUCGAUUGGGCGAGACAAGCAGCAAUGGAACAAUGAAAAGGUGAAGGGAGAACGAAGGGGGUUUGUAGCUCCCUUGCUCACCGGGAACGCACAAGAAAACACCUCCGACGGAGGUGCUUCUGCCGAAAAUCGGGACAGAAGAAGGAAAGAAACAGGAAGAGUUCCUUGA